GAGACGGAGUCUCGCUCUGUCCCCCAGGCUGGAGUGCAGUGGCGCAAUCUCAGCUCACUGCAAGCUCCGCCUCCCGGGUUCACGUCAUUCUCCUGCCUCAGCCUCCCUAGUAGCUGGGACUACAGGCGCCUGCCACCUUGCCCAGCUAAUUUUUUGUAUUUUAGUACAGACGGGGUUUCACUAUGUUAGCCAGGAUGGUCUCGAUCUCCUGACCUCAUGAUCUGCCCACCUCGGCCUCCCAAAGUGUUGGGAUUACAGGCAUGAGCCACCGUGCCCGGCCUAGCAAGGGCUUUCUAUGAUUCCGAGUAUAUAGAAAUCAAAAGCUAUUUUAGAUUCCCAUAAGGUUGGUCAAAAGUAUAGGAUGUCUUCUUUAAAAUACAUGAAUUUACUUUGAAUAAGAAUGCUCAUUGUAGUACAUUAUGGAUAAAUGCAAAUUCAACUUUUGUUUACCUGGUUCUUUAUCCAGUCAUAAGGAAAAAAAAGACAAUUUGUCAGCAAUGUUUAAAUGUAUGUAUCUUGGAUCAAUUUAAAUGCUGUAGAUACUCUGGUUUUACAGUCAUAUUCUAGAGCAAAGUAAACACUUGGAAGAUGGCUAUGGCAUGGGAUAAUUUCCUUUUUGUAAAAACAGUUUUUACAUCAAACGGUUUUACAUCAAACUGUCUCUGUCUCAUCAGAGAAGUAUCAAAAGAGAUAGAAAUUAUUUUAAAUAAUGAACUAACUGGAAAUUCUGAUGUUGAAAGGCACAAUCACAGAAAUGAAAAAUUCACUAAACAGGCUUAACAGCAGAAUCAAACUGGCAGAAGUAAUCAGCAAACUUGAAUAUUGACUUCAUAAAGUUUAUAUAAACUUGAUCAAGACUAGGCAAUCUGAAACACAGAGAGCAAAGAAGAAUGAAGAAAAAUGAGCAGAGCCUGAAAGAACUGCACAUAAUGGUAGUGCCAGAAAGAGAGGAGAGAAAAGAGUGGAAAAAAUAUCCAAAGAAUUAAUGACCAAAAAUUCCCCAAAUUUGAUAAAAAGCAUCCAUAUAUACACCCAAGAUCAAGGAACUCCAAGUAGGAUGAGCACAAAGUGAUCCAUACCUAGACACAACAAAGGAAAAAUGCUGAAAAACAAGAGAGAAAAUAUUGAACGCAGCAAGAGUAGAACAACUCAUCAUGUAUAAGGAAAUCCCCAAUAAGAUUAACAGCUGACUAAUCUUCAGAACUGAUUAGCAGAAGACAGAAAGUAGUGGUAUUAAGAGAACUGUCAAACAAGAUCUUAUAUUCAACAAAACUUUCAGAAAUGAACAUGAAACAAAAUAUUCCUAGAAACAAGAACAUAAUUUUUGUGAGAAGACCCACCUUGCGAGAAAUACUAAAGGACGUCAUUCACACUGAAAGAGAACACAAGGAUUUGGGAGAAAGAUGAGAAGUUCAAAUCAGGUUUAUGAUGAAUUUGAAGUGCCUAUAAAACAAGAGAAAAUGCAGCUCUCAGAUCCCUGUGGAGGACGUGCACAUUGCCAUCCCUGCUUGCUGUCCCUUUAGCCAGAGGGACACGAUGGCUGCCCUUCGUGGAAGAACUUGCCCAUUUUAUGCAUGGCACGGUUCAUUGCCGCAACAAACAUCGGCCACUGGUUUAAAAAUGGCUGAGUGUAGGCUGGCCAGUGACUCUCUUUUGAGAUGGUCAGGCAUGAAAGUCUCUGCCCAACAGAGUGACGAAGGCAGAGGGAAUUCCCUAAAGCAGUCAAAUCAUUCCCUGUCUUCAGAAUUUUCUCUGAGGAAUAUGGAGGGGAAUGACUCACCAGAAGUGGGAGAAUGUCCACGGACGGAGAGAAGCAGUGGCUACAGGAAACCCUGAGUGAAACACAGAGAGAAAAUGCUUUCUAGCACUGCCUUGCAUCCUUUCAUUUCUGCGUGUAUUUAAGUCAUAAGAAUACACAAACACAUAAUCUAAAGGAUCUCAAUUACUUUCAGUAAGAAGGCCUUCAUACAAUCCCCAUACAAAUUCCAUUUUUUAUGGCAAGGUUACUCCGUAUGACUCACCCUAAUUGAUCUGGAACAAGAACUGACAGAAAAGAAUUGUACUGUGUCAUUCCUGAUGCAAAAGGGUUUACAAGCAUCCUUAUAAAAGAAGACUUCCACCUGAGAAGGUUGAUGGAGGACCUCUUGUCUACGUACCUGUUAGACUGGGGCACACUCACCUUAUUGUGGGAGUUAUAGGUAAGAAAAAUUAGCAGCUUAUUUUGGGGGCCAGGAUAAUAACACGUUAUUUUAAAAAGUCUUGGAAACUUGCAGACACAAAGGGAAAAAAAAAGAACAAUUCUAAUGGUAAAAACAAGUAAGUCUGACUGCGUCAUUUUGUAGUAAGACAAUGAGGAAAUGGGAACUCAUCAGAGGGUAACUGGGUGGUGCCUGUAAAAGUGAAGAUGUGCUUCUCCCUCAGCAGGCAUUUGCUGGGAAACCCUUGCAGAUGUUACAAGCACAGUUGUAGAAAAUAUCUAUUAGAGCACUAUUUGUAACUGAAAAAUGUUUCAUUUAUACUUUGAAUGUAAAGAAUAAAACUGAAUGAAAAAAUGGAAGCAUCGCACCGUGCUUUUGAUUUACAUUUCCCUGAUCAUUUAGUACAACCACCAUGGAAAUCAGUGUGGAGAUUCCUUAAAGAACUAAAAGUAGAACUACCAUUUGAUCCAGCAAUCCCACUACUGGGUAUCUACCCAGAAGAAAAGAAGUUGUUAUACGAAAAAUAUACUUGCACACACAUGUUUAUGGCAGCACAAUUCACAAUUGCAAAAAUAUAGAACCAGCCCAAAUGCCCAUCAAUCAAUGAGUGGAUAAAGAAACUGUGAUACAUAUAUACGAUGGAAUACUACUCACCCAUAAAAAGAAUGAAUUAAUGAUGUUCGCAUCAGCCUGGAUGGGAUUGGAGACUACUAUUCUAAGUGAAGUAACUCAGGAAUGGAAAACCAAACAUUGUAUGUUCUAACUCAUAGUGGGAGCUAAAUUACAAGGAUGCAAAGACAUAGGAAUGAUAUAAUGGACUUUAGGGACUCAGGGGAAAGGGUGGGAGGGGGGUGAGGAAUAAAAGACUAAAAAUUGGGCUCAAUGUGUACACUGCUCAGGUGAUGGGUGCACCAAAAUCUCACAAAUCACCACUAAAUAACUUAAUCAUGUAAUCAGAUACCACCUAUUCCCCAAAAACCUGUGGAAAUAAUUUUUUUUUUAAAUGGAAGCAUCCAAAAUGUUAAUUUGUUUCCACAUUCUUGUAAGCCUCAUUACGUAUCUCAGGGACAGUUAAUAUCGUCAUACCAAUUCACAGGCGAGGAAAUGGAAUCACAGAGAGUUUAUGUACUUUGCGUAAGGAGAGUGAGGAUGAGGCAGGAUUUGCAGUCUAGAAGCCUGGGUCUGGAGUUCUCCACUUUGCACUAUAUCAUUUCUGUAAACUUCUUACUUAAGACUGUAUGGAAAUGUAGAGUGAGACAGAACUAAAGCUCACUAGUCUUAGUCCAUGGGGAGUAGUGACUACCCAGGGCUUGGUAAGUGCUCAGUAACGUUUGUUGAAAGAUGAAUCAAUAUUUCAAUGCUGGAGCAAAGCAGUAAGAAACUGGGGAGUGUCCAGGAACCAGCCAUCAGGAUGAGGCAGGACUAGAAUACCAAGUCAACAACAGAAAAAUCCAAAACUAAGGUGGCUCUUGUUUGAUCAAGGACUUCUUGUCCACUGACCUGUUAGGCUGUGGCACAGUCAACAUGGGAGUUGUAGACAAGCUACUUGAGAGUGGUUAAUGGCGGCAGUCAGGCAUUUGGAGCUAGAGACAAGGCUGAUUCUCCUCAACUAGUAUCGUAUUGAGCGGGGACUUAAAGCUUCAGAAGUCUGAGCAGAAAAGCUGAGACCAGGCUACUUGGGACAGGCUGUUCAUAUGCAUGAUUGAGUUUCAGUGAUGAGUCUCAGAAGGAAAAAGUUUAUGCAUGUUUUCCUUAAAAAUAUAUUCACUUAUAUUUAGAGAAUCCUUCAGAUAUCUAACCUAGAUACAUUUGUAAAAUUUAGUCUCAUUCUUUUUAUGACAUUAUUAGUAUAAUAAUAUGAAUAAUUCCCAAUGGACUUACUUCCACACUUCCUUCAAGGAUUCUCCAUUUUAUUUCAUACUUGAAGACUGUUAAUAAAUCACUCUCUAGCUAAGAACAAUUCAAUGCUAAAGCACUUAGCUUAUCUGACCUUCACGUUAAUUAUUUUUAUGACAGCAGCAGGAACUUUCAGCUGCUUUUCCCCCUUCCUUAUGAAGCCAUGUGGCCCCAAGCAGACACAGUUCCCUUACUACGCUUAAGGGUGGGCUUCUUAGACCUGUGCAUAUCUUAAAAGCCUUCCCUUGAAUGUGCCAAUCCAAACUCCAAGUUUCCUCAGCAGAUUUAAGGGGCUUUAAAUCUACUUGAGCGUGAGUGUUAAGAGAUGACUUUGAAAUUCUUACAAAAACUGAAAGUGAAAUGAGGAAGACAGAUUGAGCAAUCCAAUCGGAGGGUAAAUGCCAGCAAACCUACUGUACAGUAGGGGUAGAGAUGCAGAAAGGCAGAAAGAAGAAAAUUCAGGAGAACUCUCCUGAGGGGUGAGCCAAGCCCUGCCAUGUAGUGCACGCAGGACAUCAACAAACACAGAUAACAGGAAAUGAUCCAUUCCCUGUGGUCACUUAUUCUAAAGGCCCCAACCUUCAAAGUUCAAGUAGUGAUAUGGAUGACUCCACAGAAAGGGAGCAGUCACGCCUUACUUCUUGCCUUAAGAAAAGAGAAGAAAUGAAACUGAAGGAGUGUGUUUCCAUCCUCCCACGGAAGGAAAGCCCCUCUGUCCGAUCCUCCAAAGACGGAAAGCUGCUGGCUGCAACCUUGCUGCUGGCACUGCUGUCUUGCUGCCUCACGGUGGUGUCUUUCUACCAGGUGGCCGCCCUGCAAGGGGACCUGGCCAGCCUCCGGGCAGAGCUGCAGGGCCACCACGCGGAGAAGCUGCCAGCAGGAGCAGGAGCCCCCAAGGCCGGCCUGGAGGAAGCUCCAGCUGUCACCUCGGGACUGAAAAUCUUUGAACCACCAGCUCCAGGAGAAGGCAACUCCAGUCAGAGCAGCAGAAAUAAGCGUGCCGUUCAGGGUCCAGAAGAAACAGUCACUCAAGACUGCUUGCAACUGAUUGCAGACAGUGAAACACCAACUAUACAAAAAGGAUCUUACACAUUUGUUCCAUGGCUUCUCAGCUUUAAAAGGGGAAGUGCCCUAGAAGAAAAAGAGAAUAAAAUAUUGGUCAAAGAAACUGGUUACUUUUUUAUAUAUGGUCAGGUUUUAUAUACUGAUAAGACCUAUGCCAUGGGACAUCUAAUUCAGAGGAAAAAGGUCCAUGUCUUUGGGGAUGAAUUGAGUCUGGUGACUUUGUUUCGAUGUAUUCAAAAUAUGCCUGAAACACUACCCAAUAAUUCCUGCUAUUCAGCUGGCAUUGCAAAACUGGAAGAAGGAGAUGAACUCCAACUUGCAAUACCAAGAGAAAAUGCACAAAUAUCACUGGAUGGAGAUGUCACAUUUUUUGGUGCAUUGAAACUGCUGUGACCUACUUACACCAUGUCUGUAGCUAUUUUCCUCCCUUUCUCUGUACCUCUAAGAAGAAAGAAUCUAACUGAAAAUACCAAAAAAAAGAAAAAAAAAAAAAAAAAGGAGUUACCAUUGCCUUUUCUGUGAGCUAUUUGUUUUGGUUUGCUGAAACUAGUCCAAAACAGGAAAUUUAACAGACAGCCACAGCCAAAGAGUGUCAUGUGAAUUACAAGAAAUAGAGCCCAUUUAGGGAAAGAUAGAACUAGAAAGGCUUUUCAUUAUAAUUCCAUGUUGAACAAUUGAGUCAUAGCUUCUUAUCUUGGAGGAAGGACACAAUUCAAAGGGGCAGUAAGGAUUUUGUAAAAUGUGGCAUCCAUAAUUUACUAUGGAACAAGUGCCCACAUCUCUAGGACAUUAAGACAUUUAUGAGAAAUCUCAGGAUUCAUCUUCUGUUUUUAUGUUAAAUGCACUCCCUCCUUUUCAGUUAACAUUAUAAAAAGUAAGAAAUGAAAAUUUUAGAAAUCUUGCAUUAGAGACAUGAAAAAAAUAACUAAAAGUUUAAAUUUAAAUAUGAAGCAAUUUGGCUGAAAAUAGUAUCCAUGUACUAUUUAAGUCUUUUAUGGUUAUUUCAAGUAUGCAAUUUCUAUCUAUAAUGUAAUAUAUUACCCACACAUUUUUUCACAGGAGAGAGAGAAUAUCCUCAUUUGUUUAUGCUCAUGUGUAUUUUCUAUAGUGAAUUUCAGAAACUUUUAAUAUCAGGUAAUUUCAAUUUAUGCAUAUAAAGCAUUGAUUGAAAAAUAACUAUAAUUUUGCAUAUAUAACACAUAAUCUCCAACAGAAGUUACUGAAUACAUUCAUACUAAUGUAAUGUAAUUUCCCUUUAUUUCUUGCUCUUCUGUUUCAAACUGCUGCUAUUGUAGUUUACAUAUCCCAACCUUUAAAAAUAUUCCUCCUAUUAGCUUUAUAUUCACCUUAUAGAGGUUGAGUUUUAAUUAAAAUUCUUGGCAUCCUGAAGUAUGUCACAUACCAUGUGCUCCUUAUAAAUAUGUUGAUAUCUCAGAAGACAUCACCCCAGUUUUCAUUUUAUAAAGUACCAUACUUAAGAAUGCUGGAAUACUUAUCUUUUAUAACAUGUUUCCUUUGCUUUGCUUGUCUUUUAUGUCAUUAGUUUUAACUGUUUACUUCAUUUAACAGUUUACAUCAUUCAACAGUUUACUUCAUUAAACAGUAGGUGGAAAAAUAGAUGACAGUCUAUGAAAAUGUUCCCAUCUAUAUCAAAAUACUUUUCAAGGAUAUACUUUUCAAAACAAAUGAUUUAAAUUUUAUGUUUAAAAUCUAAACUUUAGAUUUAAACUUUAUUUAAAUAUCUGGUUCCUGUGAUUUCGACUUCAGUAAGUUCAAAUAAAAUAUAUUUUGCAAUUCAUUUUUACAUUAUAAUUUAAAAAGAAGAAGCGAUAAGUGGAGUCAGAGUUUCAAUGCUAGGCGGAGUGGUUAAUGAUUUUUCUGGUGUUGCUGCUAAUGUGGAUUAACAAAUAAAAACAUUCAUUGCCUUUU